CAUAAGCACAGCUUUCCGAUAUCGAUCUCGAGUUCAGUCUGACGUUCAGUCAGCGUACGGCAAGCGCAGCAGCCAGUUACGCCGUAACAUGUCCAGCUCCAGCGUUGAUAUUGUGCAACAUGUUAGCGGCAACUUUGGGCGCUGGCAAUUGCGCAGCAUAUUGCUAAUCUUUCUGUGCAAAAUACCCACCGCUUGGUUCAUGGCCUGCAUCAUUUAUACAGCGCCGUAUCCACAGCGUGGUGAGCUCGUCUGUCGUCCCGCUGCUUGGAAUGCUACGCAGACUCAUCGCAGCACGGAUCGGCUGUUUAGUGUGCAAGUUUGCAAUGCCUAUGCGCAGACGCUGUCGCGCAGCUUUGUGGCACGCUGGAAUGUUAGCCAAACAGUUACGUUGCCCUGCGAGAAGAUUGAGCACCACACGGAGUACAAAUCGUUGAUAACGCAGUUUGAUUUAAUUUGCUCGCGUCGUGUGCUGGUGGCAGUUACACAAUCCUUUCAUGCUCUGGGCGCUUUAAUUGGUGGUCUGUUGGCUUAUCAAGCGCUGCGCACCAUUAGUCCGCGUCGUUUGAUGCUGCUGGGCAUGCUGGGGCAAAUCUUCUGUGGCAAUCUCACUGGCCUAGUGGACACUUAUCAGCUGCAUAUUUAUUUUCGCUGCCUUACCUCCCUUUGCUGCACACUCAUGUACAGCGCUGGACUUUUCAUACUUAACGACAUUACUGCAGGCAAGGCGCGCAUUUUGGUCACCACACUCUCGGAGCUGUUCUGGUCCAUAGGUCUAGUGCUGCUGCCUGCCAUUUCCAUUUACUUUGAUGAUUGGAAUCAUCUGUAUAUAGCCAUUAGCUCAUCGCUACUUGUGCUUGUUUGGCUGCAUCGCUGGAUUACAGAUGCGCCACGUUGGCUGCUGCGUCAUCAGCGUGUGGAGCCUGCGCUGCGUCUGCUGCUUGAGUCGGCCACACUCAACAAUCGCAUGUUGCCUCUAACGCUGGAUGUGCAGCUUACGCAAUAUGCUGCCACUUUGAGUGCCAUGAAACCCGCUGGCUAUUGCCAGAUUUGGGAUAAAGAAACCAAGCGCAAGCAGCUCAUCUAUAUACACUUUAUAUGGGGCUGUGCUCAGGUGCUCUACAACAUUAUACUGCUCAUGAUACGCAGUCUGGGCGAUUCGCAAGUUCAUGUAAAUACUGCAGCGCUUGCUUUUGCUGAAAUGCUGGGACUCUUUAUGGGUCUCUACUUCAUAUUGUAUACAAGACGCUAUUGGCGCUGGGCAGGCACGCUCAUGAUCUUCGCCGGACUGUGCACCUACUUGGUCUGGCUGUUGCCUGAAAGCGAGCGCAAUUCACGACGCGUGGGUCUGGAGCUUAUCUUUUGGCUACUGCUUAAGUUUGCCAACGCAGCUUCUAUAGCUGUGCUCAGCACCUGCACUGGCGAAAUAGUUUCACCAGCCAAGCGCGGCAUACUCAUGCUCUCUGUUUUGAGCUUUGCACGCCUAUGUUUGGUCUUCUCUCCGCUUUUGAGCACACUCACAGUCGUACAUCGCCUGCUGCCCAUUACGAUCAUUGCCACCUUGGGCUGGAUCUAUGGACUGGUUAUGCGACUGCUCAAUCGCUACUAUUGGAGCACUGAGCAUUCGCAUAUGGAUCAAGUGCUCACACCCCAGACCUAUCGACGCAACUCUGCCGUCAUUCUCAGCCGCUGCAGCACCGACAGCUCCGAUGUCAGCAGCUAUAGCAAUGAGCUCAAGCGCAGCUUUAAGCAGAACAUGGCCGUCAGCAUAGCGGAGCUCUGGCACAUCAAUUACUCCGCCAAGCCAGAGGGCACAACGCAAGAGGAGCUGCCCAAGUCGCAAAGCUUGCACAGCAUUUAAUAAUUGCACUCCAAUUGUAGCUAUGACUUAAUUUUUAUAUUAUAUACAUAAUGUUUCUUAA